CUUUGAAGGAGAAGUCAACGUGCUACACUGAAACUCUUUCGUGUGAACUGCAGACUUUCGACAUAGUUCCGUCUGGAUGCGCCUGAAAACUGAAGAGCGAUGUUGCAGCGUCCGAAACCCACUGACUCCGAAGACGACCUCCUGAGAGAGCAGGAGCGCUUCCUGACCUCUGGUGCUCCAUCUGCUGCAAGCGUGAUCCGCCGUCCUGACAAGAGGAGAGGGGAACCUGGAGACGGAGGAGAACACAGCAGGGAGAAUGAAGGAAAUCAGAAGGACGUGGUCACCAUAGAAGAUCUUCCAGAUGAACUCCCCUCUCUGACUCCAGCCGCUCCCAAGAAGUCCCGCUUCAAAUCCAGUCGGGUCACUUUUGAGGAUGCUGAAGAGAGGCUGGACCAACAUGAUACUCACAUCAGUGCCGUUCUUUCCAGGAUUGUUGAGAGAGAUACCAGCUGUGCACCAAUAUCUCUGCCAGUAUUUACAGACCGGGCGUUCCCCAAGGUGCUGCACCGCUUAGAAACCAGCAGUCAGGUGCCACCUUUGUUGGUUAAAGGAAAGAAGAGCAUCUUUGCUCGUCAGAUUGCUGCUCAGAGAUUAAAGGAGGAGAAGAAACCUUCACCUCCUUCCUCCGAAGCACCUCAGGAUCCUGAGUCCAGACAGCAGAGUCUCCUUCAUGAUGCUCACAGUGACCCAGGUCUUAGUGAUGAUGCUGGUGAUCGUCCCAGGUUGGUGUUUGGUGAUGGGCUUCAGGGUCCAGACAGCACAGGAGAAACCAUGAGGAUCCACAAGGAGAACCAGAUCAAGCUCCAAACCAUGUCUCAGGCUGAGAUCAUGGAGGAGCAAAAGAAACUCCUGUCUCAGCUCGAUCCCAGACUGGUGGAGUUUAUCAGAUCUCACAAAGCUCAGAGUGUUCUGUCCUCUGAUUCGCCAUCCAAACACACCACAGAGAAAAGCAGCAAGAGAGAUCCUCCUCGUGAAAAUCUUACCACAGGUUCUUCCGGUGCUGCUGUUCCUUCCCAAGAGGUGGAGAUGGAGGAGGAAGAGAAACCAGCUGUUACUGUGAAGAAUCUUCCAGUAAAGCCGCAGAGGGAGUGGGUUCAUAUGGAUAAACUAGAGCCAGAGAAGCUGGAGUGGAUGAGAGACUUACCUUCACCGAGGAAGAAGGGAACCAAAAAGGCCAUGCAGGCUCGGUUCGACUUUGUAGGGACCUUAAUUCCACCUUCUGAGGAUCUGCCGACCCACUUGGGACUGCAUCACCAUGGAGAAGAGCCUGAGCGAGCAGGUUACUCCCUGCAGGAGCUCUUCCUGUUAGCUCGGAGUCAGUUUAUCCAGCAGAGAAGUCUGGCUCUCAGCACUUUAGCCAACAUCCUCUCAAAGGCUCGUGCUGGAGCGUACCUGUCGGUUCUGAACGGCAGCGUGGUGUCCACGCUGCUCGACGCCGGGCUGCUCUUCCUGCUCCGCUUUGGGCUGGAUGACGGUGUGGAGGGUGUGAUGUCUGCAGCUGUGCAGGCACUGAAAGCACUCCUCGUGUGUGCAGAAGAUGAAGAGUGUCUGGAUUUCACCUUCUCCUGGUUUCGCGGCAUGGCGUCCUUUCCUCUGCUGCCAUUUGCUCAGGAGGAGGAGGAAGAUGAAGAGGAUGAAGGUCUGGAUGAAAGCAUGAAGGAGACGGCAAAGGAAAAGGAAGAGAGGAAGAGUGAUUAUGAAGUUUCCAGACAGGAUGUAGUGAAGGGCCUGCUGAAGAUGAAGCUCCUCCCCAGGCUGCGCUACAUUCUCGAAGUCGUCCGACCGUCACCUCCAGUGGUUCAGGACGUGCUGCAGAUCCUGACACGGAUCGCCCGACACUCCUCGUCAUCCGUCACGCAGGUGUUGGAUUGUCCUCGACUGAUGGAGACGGUGAUGUCCGAGUUUCUUCCCGCUUCCUGGAAGUCAUUGUCCCUCAAUCCUCCGUCUGUUUAUGGACUCCCACUCGCCAGCGCCAUGAAGCUCUUAAGGGUCUUGGCUUCCUCCGGCAGACACACCUGUGCCAGACUGUUAAAUUCUCUGGGAGCGAGGGAGCGUUUGUCGUGCCUCCUGAGUGCCGAUCCCAGUGAGCUGCUGCUGGAGCCGAGCGAGGCUCUCUCCAUCACCACCGAGGCCUACAGGCUGUGGGCCGUAGCAGCCGCCUACGGACAGGCCUGCAGGCUCUACAUAGACCUGUAUCCAGCCUUAGUGAGGACACUGCAGUCCAUCCACAGCCUCCUGUCCUCCUCAGGUCCUCUGCUGUCCCUGCAGAUCCACCGUCUGCUGGCUCUGGUGUCUCUGCUCACACACGUUACACACACAGCUGGCUGCCAUCAGGAGCUCCAGGCUGGAAUGAUCUGCGCUCAGGGCGAGGAGUGCCCGCCUCCGCCUCCCGUGUCCUGGGGUCACGUCACAGGUCUGCAGGCAACCUUGUUGGGACAUCUGAAGGGUUUCAUCAAGAGCCUUGAUGAUCCGGCUCAGAAGGAUGGCAGCUUGGCUCUGAUUCCUGUGUAUCUGGUCUACCUACAAGCUUACUACCAUCAGCUCUCCAGACAGAACUGCUUCAAGCCGGUGGAGACGCUACAAGAACUGGAGCUUCUCACUUCUGAGGUUCUUCUCCCUCUCACGAGUCACUGGGUCGUUCACGAUCUAAUUAAAAAGCUCAGGCCCUCCUCAGUGGUGUGUAACAUCCAGUCCAGUCCUCCAGGUCCAGACACUACUCCUAACCUUCCCGGGUUGGCCUGCCCAGGAUGGAGGGAUUGUCCUGGACUGGUUGUUCCCAGCUCCCCCUUCCCUCUGUUGACAGGACUGGGACUCCUGCUGGAAACAGUCACAGGGAUCCAUAAAGGUCUCAGCAUCAAGUUCAGUGGCCUGCUGGUGUCGGAGCCAGUGAUUGGUUACCUGCAAAGCUGCAGUCAGGCCACGCUUACUCUGUCUCCCAGCAGGGCGUGGCUGCUCCGCCAUGAGCACCACCUCCUGUACCUGCUGCUCAGACUGGCACAAAAACUGGUUACUGUUGAGUCAACUGUAGCGAACCAUUCCUCACUUUACCACCAGGUGGCACUGGUGCUGCUUCCCUGGUUACUUCCAGGCAGUGAACACCUGGCACACGAACUGCUCUCCAGCAUCAUCUUCAACAAGCAGUUUUUAACCGAGGGACACAGCGGAGGACCUGAGGCCGUGGAGCUGGAGGAGCUGCGGCUGCACGAGCACACACACCGAAACUCCGCCCCCUCCCUCCAGACUGUCGGUGCUCUCCUGAGAGAAGCCUGCACCCAGCUGCCCUCCAUACGGGGCUGCUUCCUCACGCACCUCGCCCACCUGGAGCCGUCUGUGCUCGCAUCACGAGACGCUUUUCUGGGCCGCAACCCGUGGAUCAACUCCCAUCUCCUUCCAGAGCUCAGCGGCCCCACGGUGCCCUCCGACUGGUGUUUCCUCCCGCUCAUCAGCCUGUAUGAGCAGACGGGGGUUUCUGCCGGCGGAGGCCUGGCGGUGGAGGAGCUUCCUCAUGGGGCUCUGCAGGCAGUGACCCACUGUCUGCAGUGGCUGCUGAUGCUGGAGAUCUGGAGGGGGGAGGCUCUGAAGAUGAUCCUCCCCGUUGCUAAGCUGGCCCGCCUGUCCUGCGUCUUCCUGUGUUCAAGUGACUUGUUCCUGGAGAGGCCAGUUCAGAAACUGACCUGGGGUCUGUUCAGGCUGCUUACCAGGAAGUCCAAGCUGGACUCGUUGGACCUGGAUGUGCCCCCCCCGGGACUCGCCUCCUUCCACGACUUGUACACAGCUCUUUUGACUCAGUAUGAAGCCGUAUCGUUUGGAGACCGCCUGUUUGGCUGCUGGGUGCUGUUGCCCCUGCAGAGGAGAUACAGCGCCACCAUGAGGCUGGCUGUGUUUGGGGAACAUGUUGGGAUGCUGAGGUCGCUGGGGGUCACCCUGGAUCAGCUGUCCAUUCCCAUCGAGGCGUUCACCUCCCCCCCGGAAGACUCCCUCCCUCUCCUCCGUCUCUACUUCCGCUCUUUAGUGACGGGGACGCUGCGGUCCUCCUGGUGUCCUGUCUUAUACGCCGUGGCCUUGUCUCACGUUAACUCCUUCGUCUUCUCCCAGGAUGCUGCGGCACAGGAAGUGGAAGCAGCUCGACAGAGCAUGUUGAGGAAGAUCUACUACCUUACAGAUGAGGUGUUGAGGAACCACUUGCUCCUUUUCCGCCUGCCCCAACAGCACCUCCAGCUCGGCUUUGACACCUACGAGCAGCUGCCUCCCAUUAGGGCGAAGCAUCUGGAGAUCGUUCUCCGUCUGCAGGGUGACAAAGGAGACAGAGAGGAGCGAAGAUCGGAAACGUAGCACUGAAGGUUAGAGGGGAUGAGCAUCGUGUGAAUGAACAGACGGGGGAGAAAAGUCAAAAGGUGAUGGAAGACUCACCAAAACGGUUACAGAAACAUUUCUGAGCCCCACAUCAGAGCCAGGCUCGUCCAGCUAUGCAGGACAGUUGACCUGACUGCUUGUUCUGCCACAAUCAGCGGUUUGUAUCAAGUACAGAUGGGACGUGGCGCAGGUCCCAUCUGUACUUGUGUCUUUUUGUGACUCCGGUGUUUUUCCAAAGCAGCCCAGGGCAGUUCUAAUCAUCUGGAGAAAAAGGCAAAAAAAAAAAAAACUGCAUCAAAAGUGCCUGAAAGGAUUAUUUUUAGAAUUGUGAAUAAAAAUAAAGCCACAUGAUGAUA